AGUUUUUGUGUGCUCAAGACUCAAAACCAUUUCAGCCAUGACUUCGAUGCGCCUUUUGCCGCCAUGUGGGGGCUUGGCUUCAAUGCCUCCCGGGAAGUGCUGCUGGCGAUCCGCCAGGCCAACCAGCAGCGUGUGGAGCACCUCAUCGGAGGUCUCACAGCGGCCUUAAGACAACAGCGGGAGUCCCGGAGCGACGAGAUUGGCAGCUCUUUAUGGGACUUUGCUUGUGCAGUCCAGAGACUUUCCAGUCUUCCCUUGGGCUCGGAGAAGGAUGCGUUUUGGGAUGAAGUGGUGCACGUUUUGAAGGCCAAAGAGGGUGAGCUGACAGCCAGAGAGCUUGCUCUUUUUUGCAACGCACUGGCGUCAGAACCAGUGUAUUGUGGGACGGUGGCAUCAAGUCUCUUACGCAGAGCAGUUGAAGUUUGUGAGGAGGCCUCUGCCCAAGACCUGCAAAUGAUCGUGCAUGGACUGUCUCGAGCAAACACAGCGACCUCGUUGAGUCCGCGAUAUGUGAACCGCCUUGCAAAGCAGGUGCGAAAGGUGGCGCUUCAGCGCGAUCGUCCCUUCCAAGCAGCACAGCUGCUGGAGAGCUUCACAAGGCUGCAGCACAACCAUGAUGCUAUCCUCUCGAGGCAUAUCUUCAACUUUGCACAGGAGACGCUGUGGAGGUGGGAUGCCUCUGCCGUGACCGCACUCUGCAUGGCCUUGGCGGGCUCAAAGCGAGCAGCUCGACAUCCUUUGGAGACCAUGGAAACGCCUCAAGGUGCAAACGCCUGGGGACGCUUUGCAGGACGUUGCGUGGAGGUAUUGCCCACAGCACAACCUUGGCAGCUGGCACAACUGGCACGUUGUCUUGGCAUUGUUGGGGCACCAAAAGCCCAAGUGGCGCCCUUCUACGAUGCCUUGGAGGAGAGACUGUGCUUUUCCCCUCACCUCAACGAGCUGUUCACUGUGGCAGAUCUCAUUGGACUGAUGAGUGGCUUGGCACGGCAGCGGUCUCCCCUGCGACCGAGUCAAAGCAUGAAGGAUGCCCUGACCCGGUGGCCACUAGAGGAGUAUGUUGGGCGUCAGGUGCAACACUUCGAUCCUCCGUCGCGCUGUGUGGCACUGAACGCGUCGAUGCGUCUUCGCCGCGGUGGGGACACACUCUUCGAACUCCUUGCUGAGCCUUUGCCAUACUCCGAACUCGAAACCGAGCAGGUUGCACUUUUGUUUAGCGCGGCAGCUGCUGCUGCACCUGUGAUUGGCCUGAGUCCAGCACUUCAAAUGCAACUUGGAAUGCCGUUGGUUUGGUCUCGCUGUGCGACAGAAUAGAUCGCAAGAUCAGCAUAGAUGUCAACGCAUACCUUCAGUUCUA